GCUUCAGUUGGUGAAUCCACUGACAGUGUGUGAACUCUUCGUACAAUGGAGCUUUUAAACGAAGAGGACAUGAAAAUGUACAUUUAUGAGAACAGACUGAAGACCUUCGAGGGCUGGCCGUUUGACGAAGGCUGCUCGUGUACCCCGGAGAACAUGGCCAAAGCUGGCUUCGUUCACACGCCUUCAGGGAACAGCCCCGACGUCGCCAUGUGUUUCUUCUGCCUCAAAGAGCUGGAGGGCUGGGAGCCGGAGGACGACCCACAGAAGGAGCACGCGUCUCAUUCGCCGUCCUGCCAAUUCAUCGCCCUGAAGAAGAAAGUAGAAGAGCUGACUGUGGAGGAAUUACUCAAACUGCAGAAGGAGAGGCAGAAGUCGAUCAUUAUCAAAUGCUGCAACGAGCCCCUCAAGAAGUUUGAAGAGGCAGCAAAACUGAGAAAAGCGGAUAUCAUCAAGACGAUCAUGGGCGAAGACUGAGAGAGCGAUGGCUGUUUGUCACUGAACAUAUUUACAUGUUUCCUUUUAUGUCUUUAUCUUCUAAUGUGUCUUGCGGUCUGUUUUUACUCAUUAAAACUGUUCUUUCUAGUU